AUGUCCUCUAUGCAAGCGUACCUCGCGUCCAAAUAUAUGUCCGGUCCGAAAGCGGACGCGAUCCUCUCCCGUGUUGAACCUACGAAGAAGAAGAAGAAACGCAAAGCGCCUGCAUCGGUGGCACCGACGGGCCCCGGCAUCAUUCAAGAUGACGAUGCUGACUGGGCUGCACCGGUAGAGGAGGAUGCGGACGAGGCGGCCGAGGCGGUGGUUGCCGCGGAUCGAGCGUUCAAGAAGCGGAGAACAGAGAAGGGGAAGGAGGACGAGAGCAGUGGAUGGACGACCAUACGAGAACCGACACCGCCACCGCCGGAGGAUGAGGCGCCGCAAGUGGUUGAGGCUGAGGGAAGCGGGAUGAGGGCUGGAUUGAUGUCACGGAAGGAGUUGCAGAAACGAAUGGCACGGGCGGAGGCGGAGAAGAAGAAGAACGAGCCGGAACAGGACGAGAAGGCGCAGGAGACGGUGUACCGUGACGCGUCUGGGCGGAAGAUCGAUAUGGAUGCGGCGAAAGCUGAGGCGGCAAGGAAGAAGCGGGAGAAGGAGGAGAAGGACAAAGAACGGAAGGAGUGGGGCAAGGGUGUCAAGCAGCGCGAAGAGGCCGCGGAGCAGCGCAAACACCUCGAAGCCAUCAAAGGCACUGACUGGCGAAGGACACGCGACGACGAGGAGCUCAAUGCGCGUCAGAAGGACAAGGAGAUUUGGAAUGACCCCGCAGCCGCGUUCUUGACAAAGAAGCGAAGUAAAGGCCCACGGAAGCCCGAAUACAAGGGCCCGCUACCACCUCCGAAUAGGUUUGGCAUCAAACCUGGCUACCGAUGGGACGGUGUCGAUCGCUCGAACGGUUUCGAGAAGAAACUCUUCCAGAAGCAGAACGAGCGACGACUUCACCAACAAGCUGCCCACAACUGGGGUGUUGAGGACAUGUAG